AUUUGGACAAGUUCUUCGACAGAAGUUGCUCGAUGGAGCCCGGCCCGCCAGUGACCAUCCCCCUCUUCGUUAGGGUUUAGCGCCUCUUCACCGCUACGCCUCCGCCCGCCUCCCGUGCUCUCCUACUAGGGUUAGGGUCCGGCGAGGCCACGACCGCGCCGGCGCAUCGACAGCGGAGAUGGGUGUGCCGGCGUUCUACCGGUGGCUGGCCGAGAAGUACCCGAUGGUGGUGGUGGACGUGGUGGAGGAGGAGGCUGUGGAGAUCGAGGGCGUGAAGGUGCCCGUCGACACCUCUAAGCCCAAUCCCAACGGCCUCGAGUUCGACAACCUCUACCUUGAUAUGAAUGGUAUCAUACACCCCUGCUUCCACCCGGAGGACAGGCCCUCCCCAACAACAUUUGGUGAGGUUUUCCAGUGCAUGUUUGAUUACAUCGACAGACUGUUCGUCAUGGUUCGCCCUCGGAGGCUUUUGUACAUGGCCAUCGAUGGUGUGGCUCCUCGUGCGAAGAUGAACCAGCAGCGCUCUAGACGAUUCAGAGCUGCAAAAGAUGCAGCGGAUGCGGCUGCAGAAGAAGAACGGCUACGUGAAGAGUUUGAGAGGGAAGGCAGAAAACUUCCUCCAAAACAGCAAUCACAAACAUGUGAUUCCAAUGUUAUUACUCCAGGGACUGAGUUUAUGGCUGUUUUAUCAGUUGCUUUGCAGUAUUACAUCCAUCUCAGGUUGAAUUAUGAUCCUGGAUGGAAACAAAUUAAAGUUAUUUUGUCUGAUGCCAAUGUUCCUGGUGAAGGGGAACAUAAAAUUAUGUCGUACAUUCGUGGCCAACGGAAUCUGUCUGGUUUUAACCCAAAUACACGCCAUUGCCUGUAUGGCCUGGAUGCAGAUCUGAUCAUGUUAGCUUUAGCAACACAUGAAGUACACUUCUCAAUACUGAGAGAGGUAGUUUAUACACCUGGACAGCAGGAUAAAUGCUUCUUGUGUGGUCAGGUGGGACAUUUAGCAGCAAACUGUGAAGGAAAGGUGAAAAGAAAAGCUGGGGAGUUUGAUGAGAAGGGUGAUGCUAUUGUUCCCAAGAAGCCUUAUCAGUUCUUGAAUAUAUGGACCCUUCGGGAGUACUUAGAAUAUGAGUUCAGAAUGCCAAACCCACCCUUCCAAAUUGAUUUUGAACGCAUUGUUGAUGAUUUCAUCUUCAUGUGCUUCUUUGUUGGCAACGAUUUUCUUCCACAUAUGCCAACACUAGAGAUCCGUGAGGGAGCUAUUAAUUUGCUAAUGGCAGUAUACAAGAAGGAAUUUCCCUCAAUGGGUGGCUAUUUAACUGAUUCUUGCACGCCUGAUCUGAAUAGAGUUGAACACUUCAUUCAAGCAGUUGGUUCCUAUGAGGAUAAAAUAUUUCAGAAAAGAGCCCGUUUGCAUCAGCGUCAAGCAGAAAGAAUUAAACGAGAAAAGGCCCAAGCUAAGCGGGGUGAUGAUCUGGAUCCUCAUGUUAGGGACGAUCUUAUUGUACCUGUUCAACGUUUUCAAGGGUCUCGCCUGGCCUCUGGGGCUGUACCUGCACCAUAUGAGCAGAAUGGAUCUCACAAAGACAACAAAGAAAUGAACAAUCGAGCUCGGAAAGCUGCGCGAGUAUCAACGUCAGGUUCCAGCAUUGCUGCAGCCAUAGUUGAAGCUGAAAAUGACCUUGAAGCCCAAGAACGUGAAAACAAAGAAGAACUGAAGUCAAUGCUUAAAGAUGCACUUCGAGAGAAGUCAGAUAUUUUUAAUUCUGAAAAUCCAGAGGAGGAUAAGGUGAAACUUGGAGAACCGGGAUGGAGGGAAAGGUACUAUGAAGAGAAAUUUGGGGCAAGAACACCUGAACAGAUUGAAGAAAUACGGAGAGAUGUCGUUCUCAAAUACACUGAAGGUUUGUGUUGGGUAAUGCACUACUAUUACGAAGGGGUCUGCUCAUGGCAAUGGUUCUAUCCUUAUCACUAUGCUCCGUUCGCUUCGGAUUUGAGGGAUUUGGGUCAACUUGGUAUUACAUUUGAACUUGGGACACCGUUCAAACCUUUUGAUCAGCUUAUGGGGGUUUUCCCAGCUGCAAGUGCCCAUGCACUGCCGCUACAGUAUCGGCGACUGAUGAUGGAUCCAAAUUCACCAAUAAUUGACUUUUAUCCUACUGAUUUUGAAGUAGAUAUGAAUGGGAAGAGAUAUUCUUGGCAAGGAAUUGCAAAAUUGCCCUUUAUCGAUGAAGCUCGCUUAUUGGCUGAGAUAAAAAAAGUUGAGCAUACUUUGACGCCUGAAGAAGCAAGGAGAAACAGUGUCAUGUUCGAUAUGCUUUUUGUGAAUGGAUCACACCCGCUUUCUCCAUAUAUCUACUCUCUCAACAGCAAAUUUGGACAUCUGCCUGACAAAGAGAGAAAUGAAAUUAAAGAAAAGCUUGAUCCUUCUGCUAGUGGAGGAAUGAAUGGCUACAUAACUCUUUGCAGUGGGGAUCCAUGCCCUCCUAUCUUUAGGUCUCCUGUGGAUGGGCUGGAGGAUAUUAUGGAUAAUCAAGUGAUAUGCUCGAUCUACAAGCUUCCGGAUCAUCAUAAGCACAUAGCCCGGCCUCCAGCUGGUGUUAUCAUACCCAAGAAGACUGUUGAAGCUGGGGAUCUGAAACCACCUCCAGUGCUGUGGCAUGAAGACAGCGGCAGGAGGCCUCAUGAUAAUAGCAACAGGCACAACCCACCAGGAGCCAUAUCAGGCCGCCAACUUGGAGAGGCAGCCCACCGACUAGUUAUAAACAGCUUAAAUGCUCAUGGUAGGGGGCAACAUAAUGGCCCAUCAAUGCCAUAUCAAACUAUAAUGAAUGGCAUGCACCAUUUGAAUGUAGUUCACCCUAUUGGCAAUCAAGGGAUGCCUCCACGAGUGGAGCAGUCUGCUGGACGUCCUGGUUGGAAUGUGCCUAGGGAUGGUGUUCCUGAUGGUCAAAUACCAGCUUAUGCAUCAUCAGGAUCAGGUCAUUAUCAGUAUGACAGAUCAGGGCAAUAUGAACAAGGUAACCGAGGAAGGCAACAAAAUCACCCAUAUGCAAGAGAUGGCUACCAUGAUGCAAGAGGCAGGGUUCCACCUGCAUAUGGAUACCAGCAGACUGGUGGCAACAUGUAUUCAUCACAGCCUGUUGCUCUGCCACCGGGUCCUGGACUGUAUGGGCAACAACCCCCAUCAGCGUAUCCUGGGGUUCGUGGUGGAGGUUACCAGCCCCCUCCAUAUGGUGGAGCCCAACAGUGGCAGCAACAACCAUAUAGUUCAUAUGCUGGAAGAGGGCCUUAUGGAGGCGGACCACCACCCACAAGGGCUGAUUCACGAUCACAGCAAUCACAGAACCGUUACGGUGCUUUGGACAGAAGUUCCAACCGGAGACCUCCAUCUGGAUAUGGCCGAUAAGAGAUUCUGAUUCAAUUCCUGUUGUAGUUCAGACUUUGUUGUUAGUAGAGCUUCCCUUGUAAAAUAGAGCAACUCAGCUAAGGCAUAGGUGCAUACAGCGUCUGCAAAGUCUGUUGAUCUUCAAGCAGCUAGGCCGUGGCAUCGAAGAUUGAGAGAAGAUUUUUAUACUAGUGUUAUUUACAGACCAUCAGAUACUGGUGAUUGGUCGCCAUUCUUUCAUUUGUGGAUCUCUUUCAUUGAGAAGAUGGCAUAUAAGCGCCCUGGGUUUAACAGGUUCAGUUGGUGGAUAUGAUUGGAGGAUGUUUACCAAGUUUUACCCAGAGGCUAGACAACAUUUGGUGAUUGAUGUGCUCAGAAAAUUUUUCUUAAGUUUUGGCCCAUUUUGAUAUCAGAUAAGUGUAUGUAUGAGUCCCAAUUUUCAGUUUCGAUGGGUGUAUUCCAAAUCAUGUACAAACUCUAAGAUGGCAUUUAUUAAUGAUAAGUGGGACUUCUUUUUUA